AGAGGACUCCAGUGUUCUUUUGAUGUAAGACUCAGCAGAGGACUCUUGGCGAUCCAACAUGGAACCAUCCCCCUGCCCGAAUGAAUUCAGGACUCUGGAAUUCAUUCCGGCAGGCUCCAUGUUGGAUCGCCAAGAGCAUCCAGUAUGCAUCGAGGGCGGGGAAGGGAACCUCCCCCGAACAGCACAUUGCCAUCUUGGAACCCAAGGACUCCCUUGAGUGAUACCACUCUCAUCUCGAGGGCAUUCGCAAGGAGAAGAGCUCGCCUUGAAGAGGCUCAAGUCCAUGAAACUGAUAGCCUGCUACCGGCUGGGCCAAGUCCUCUCAAACCUUUUCUGCAGCUGUCAGGUGCUCCCCUGGAGCAUGAGCCUUCUCUAGUUACUCCCAGCCCUUCACCUUCAGUAGACACCGACAACCCUGCUGCAAGUGACAACUGCCCUCCUCCCGUCAGUAACAUCUCGAAGAUACUGGCUGACAUAGCUGACCAGCCUGUUGCAAGUGACAACUCUGAGUGUUUUGUUGGUAACGUCUGUGAGAUCACUGACUCACAGACCAGCCUAUUGCAAGUGAUGACUCUGAGUUCCUUGCAAGUCAUCUGCAGCUAUCAGGUGCUCCCCUCGAGCAUGAGCCUUCUCUAGUUGUCACUUGCAACGGGCUGGUUGGCUAUCUCAGUGGCUGAGAUAGCCGACCAGCCCCGUUGCAAGUGACAACUCUGAGUGCUCUGUCGGUAGUGUCUC